GUUAUGGAGCAAUUUAGGCAGAUCGGAGAGGCUGUAGGAAGUGUGAAGGCAUUGAUGGUUUUCCAGGAUUACAUGCAAGUGAAUCAGAGGCAAUGCUGUUUAUUGGCAGAUAUGAUGGAUUGUGCAUAUAAUACAACUGCAGAGUUGAUGAAACAGAAUCUGAGAUAUGAAGAGAGGAAUUUAAAGUGGAAAAUGGUUGAGAACCCAUUGAGAGAGCUCCUCAAGGUGUUUAAAGAAGGUGAAAUGUAUAUUAGGUUUUGUCUGGAGACGAAGGAUUUCUGGGCAAAAGCCAUUACUAUGUAUCAGAACACUGACUGCAUAGAAUUCCAUGUCCACAACCUUCUUAGCUGCUUUCCCAUUGUGAUUGAAGCAAUUGAGAUUGCUGGGGAGGUGUCAGGUUUUGACCAUGAUGAGAUAGACAAGAAGAGGAUCAUUUAUUCACUGAAAUAUCACAAGGAAUGCAAAGAUCCAAGAGUGUUCAGUUGGAAAUUUGGGAGCCAGUACCUGGUUUCUUCAGAUAUCUGCAACAGACUAAGUUCAGUGUGGAAUGAAGACAGAUGGAUCCUGGAAAACAAAGUCCAGGAGAAGAAAAAUUGUCGUUCCUCGAGCUCAUCAAAGCAGGAUCAGCGGCUCGCUGAUCUCCUCCUGAGGAACUUGAGCAGGUUGGAGCCAUCAUCACCUGACAAGCUCUUGCCUAGCUCAACUUUAGUUGGGUGCAAAGACUACCAUGUGAAAAGGCGGUUGGAAAACGGGACCCAACACAAGGAGGUUCAGUGGCUCGGGGAGAACUUCUGUUUAAGACACUUCUUUGGUGAGAUUGAGCCAUUGAUCUCAGAGAUUUGCGAUGAAUUAGCGCUCGCGCACCCCAACAUAAUGCACAUGUAUUGUGGCUUCACAGAUGAUGAGAAGAAAGAGUGUUUCCUUAUCAUGGAACUCAUGAAUAGGGAUCUGUCCAGUUAUAUUAAAGAGGUUAUGGGGCCAAGGAAAAGAGUUCCAUUUUCUCUCCCUGUUGCAAUUGAUCUGAUGCUUCAAGUUGCAAGAGGUAUGGAGUAUCUGCACUCAAAGAAAAUCCCUCAUGGGAAUUUAAACCCUUCAAACAUCCUUGUCAAACUCAGAAGAAGUACAGACAUGGAAGGCUAUUUACAUGCAAAGGUUUCUGGAUUUGGCAUUAGCCACACCAGAAAACCUCAUGCAAAUCAAAAUGGACCACUGAGUUAUAUCUGGCAUGCACCAGAAGUCCUAGCUGAGCAAGAAGAGUCAGGGAAUUGUGGGAGUUCCUUCAAGUGCUCAGAAAAGUCUGAUGUGUACAGUUAUGGCAUGAUUUGCUUUGAGGUUUUGACAGGGAAAGUUCCAUUUGAUGACAGCCAUCUCCAAGGAGACAAAAUGAGCAGAAACAUAAAGGCGGGCGAGAGGCCACUGUUUCCAUUUCCUUUACCAAAAUACAUGACCAGCUUCACAAAGAAAUGCUGGCAUAGUGAUCCAAACCAACGUCCUAGUUUCUCGUCUAUCUGCAGGAUUCUUCGCUAUAUAAAACGGUUCAUAGUCAUGAACCCCGAACUCACACAGCCAGAAGCACCCAUGCCACCAUUAGACUAUAGUGAUAUCGAUGCAGGGAUCUUGAGGAGCUCUUCAGAGACACUGUCUGUAUCACAAAUCCCCUUCCAGAUGUUUGCUUAUAAAGUGGCAGAGAGGGAGAAAGCAACUGCAAGUCAUCACAGGGAAAACUCUGAAUCAGGAAGUGAUGUUUCAGCUUGUGGAGAUGAAAUUUUAAUUGCAGAUGACCCGCUCCCAUCACCUACUCAUGACACAAAGUCUGUUUGUAGUUCUCCAGACAUCAUGACCAAGAAACUUUCACCAUCAAUCAGAAAUGUAGACCUCAAAUUAAUCAAUCAGAAAGGAACACCAAGGGGAAAGUCAGUUACUUCAUUCAGGCCACCACAAAUGAGUCGAUAUGGACGUUCUAAGAGGAUGAACUCCGAAAGUCAGUUGAUGGUUACGAGUCCGAGAUCACACAGAAUGUUGUCUGGUCACAUGUCAGAUUCUGAUCUCCCCUAG